GUCCUCUGUCUGCUUUGUUUCAUCCACCGGUCCAACGGCAUCCGCAUCCACGAGCGAACGGAUGUUUUCUCCGCGUGCGAACGGCCGUGGAGAAAGGGAGCCGGGAGGGAGCGCUAGGACAUGUUGUUUCACGGGCAGGGAUGACAUCUGGUGGACCAUGUCACUGGAUGAAUCUGGAAGAGGUUUCCUGGUGCACUAUUUGUGGCAUCUCGUUGGUGCUUCAGCCUUCAGAGGAAACAUCCUUUGUUGACCUGCUAAGCUAGCAGCUCUGCGUUUGUUGGUAUCCUUUUUGACUUGACAGAACUAGAUCAAAGCCGCCAGAAAGCUUCGUCUGUCUAUUCAGGUGCAUAUGAUCUGCAACUGUUUGUGCUCGAGGAUUUGUGUCCAAGGCUGCCACAUCACGCGGUGCGCUGAACGGCACUUUCCGCAACCUCUUCGCUUCUUCGCGCUUUCCCGUCUUUGUGCUUCAAACCCGUCUAAGCCAUGCGUGAGGCCAUCUGCAUCCACAUUGGUCAGGGUGGUGUCCAAAUCGGCAAUGCUUGCUGGGAGCUCUUCUGCCUUGAGCAUGGUAUCCAGCCGGAUGGUCAGAUGCCAAGCGACAAGACCAUUGGCGGUGGUGAUGAUGCCUUCAACACGUUCUUCUCAGAGACGGGCGCGGGCAAGCAUGUCCCGCGAUGUGUCAUGGUUGACCUCGAGCCAACUGUCGUCGACGAGGUCCGCACUGGCACCUACCGCCAGCUGUUCCACCCUGAGCAGCUGAUCUCCGGAAAAGAAGAUGCCGCCAACAACUUUGCACGUGGGCAUUACACCAUCGGGAAGGAGAUUGUCGACCUGGUCUUGGACAGGAUCAGGAAGUUGGCUGACAACUGCACCGGUCUGCAAGGUUUUUGUGUCUACAAUGCUUGCGGUGGUGGCACUGGCUCCGGCCUUGGCUGCCUCAUGUUGGAGCGACUUUCUGUGGACUACGGCAAGAAGAGCAAGAUCUCCUUCACAGUCUGGUGCUGCCCGCAAGUCGCCACAGCAGUCGUGGAACCGUACAACACCGUGUUGUGCGUGCAUUCUUUGCUUGAACACACAGAUGUGACGAUCAUGUACGACAACGAAGCGCUGUACGACAUUUGUCGCCGCAAUCUGGACAUUGAGCGUCCAACCUACACCAACCUGAACAGGUUGAUUGCGCAGAUCAUCUCUUCGUUGACGGCCUCCCUCCGCUUUGAUGGAGCCUUGAACGUGGACAUCACUGAGUUCCAGACCAAUUUGGUGCCCUACCCCAGGAUCCACUUCAUGUUGACCUCCUAUGCGCCGGUGAUCAGUGCCGAGAAGGCCUACCAUGAGCAGCUCUCAGUGGCGGAGAUCACCAUGUCCGUCUUCGAGCCGGCGUCGAUGAUGGUGAAGUGCGACCCUCGCCAUGGGACACUUGGACUUCAGUGA